AUGGAUCGAAACAAACUUUUCCGGAUCCUGUUCAGGGUGACCUAUUUCCUGUGGAAGUUAUAUGGGAUUCUUCCGCUACGCUACGACUUUCGAGUGAAUAAGUUCGAGAAUAGUCGACGAUCUGUAUACUAUUCGGUGGUAAUUAUGCUUGCCUACAGUACCGGAAUGGCGUAUGUCUACUGGCGCGCUGCUAAUUUUUACCAACGCCAUUCACCGUCCGGGACUGCAUAUUUCUCCUGGGCUCAGUUUACGUUGAAUUAUUGCUUUCUCGUGGUUACCAUUGUUAUUGCUAUACUUUGUCGUAAUCAUACGAAGAACUUGUUGAAUGUUUUCAUUAUGCUGGCAACUAUUCUCAUCCGACAAAGUCGAGUUCAGAAUGACUAUAAACUGUUGAAAAAAUAUCUGUGCAAAUUGGUUUUCGUAGACUUUUGCAUGAAAUUAGCCAUCUGCGGCAGUUUCUACACGUACGGAGGUCGUGGGUUUAUUGGAUUUCUGACAGGAUUGAACUUCGUCUUCAUGUGGUCAAUGGAGGUCUUCUGCAAUGGAUUUGUGGCUAUGUGCUAUUUCGCAGCUCAUCUCUACCGAUUAAUCAAUCUGCAGGUGAAUGAAUCGGUUCAGAAGUUGUGUGAUUUUGAGCUUGAUCAAUCUUACUGGUUGCUACACCCGUCGGAGAAGAAGCAAAUCUGCUACCGAGUGGCUGCGAGUUUGGAUAAGUUGGCCUAUCUUCAUCAGGACGUGACAACGGUAUUGAAAAAGUUUGUGAAACAGUUAGACUACUCUUUGCUGAUGACAAUUAUUUGGUGUUUUUUAAUCACAAUUUCCGGGACCUUCUUUGCGUACACUUCGUUGGUGCAGGAUCUUCGUGAUAACGUUAGACCACCACUGCUGAAAUACGCCCAUGCGUUCGGUCUAUCCGUGUUUCAAGCGCUGCAGUUCUACUACAUUGUGUCCGCAUCGGCAUUACUGACCAAACGAGCCGAGAAGACUGGCCUGGUGGUGAAUCGAUUCUUCAAAGCUGAAAUCGACGAGAGAGUAGAGCGAACUAUUGACAUGUUUUCUAUGGCAUUACUUCAUCAAUCGUACAGCGUGGAAAAUUUCGGAAUGUUUAAGGUUGACUUUACAUUGAUGUACUCGAUGGUUGGAACUAUCACUUCUUAUCUUAUAAUAAUGGUACAAUUUCAACUGUCGGAAUUGUGAAUGAAUUGUUCCCACAUAUCGUACCAAAUACUACGGGAAGCUAGUA